AUGGCGACCGCCGACACCGUCGCUGACGCUGGGACGGCCAGGCCAUCUGCCACCGAGAAACAACCCAUCGUCGUGCCCGUCGCCGAUGCCAACGCGGGCCCGGACGACCGCAAGAGCCCGCGCGCCUUCGAGCGGCUCCCCGAUGAAAUUAUCCAACAGAUACUCCAGGCAUCGGACGCCAAUGGCUUCGCGUCGCUGGCGCUGCUCAACACGAAGUGGCGGAGCGUCGCGCAACAAGCCCAUCUCUACGCCCACCACCUCGCGAGCUGCCCCUCCUAUGCCACGAGUCAUCAUGCGCCGCCGCAGGCCACCAGCGACGAUGAUCUACCCAGGCUUCGCCGCCUCUUCGCGAGAGAGGUCAAGCGCAACCUGUUCGAGGCAUAUCUGCGCCCGAAGCGGACCGUCAUCAAGGUCAUCUCAAACUCGAUCAGCUCCUCGUCAUGUCCCGGCGGCGAAGGCAUCCAGUUCAGCCCUUCGCCCAAGGGCCACCACCUGCUCGCCUACAACUCGUCUAGGAUACACGUCAUCGACCUUCGGAGACCCGAGAUCGAGGUGAAGCGGGAGUUCAAGAUACUGCGGCGCCCUGCUGCCACGUGCAUCAAUGACGAGGGGACCCUGCUCGCCGUCUUGCUGACCGAGAUGGAAGUGGACAUCUACGAUCUCACCCAGUCGCCGCCGAAACGGACGCAGUCCAUGAUCCUGGAUCAUAGUCCCCGAGCUAUCGCCCUCUCUCCCUGCGGCUCCGUCCUGGCCGCCGCUUACGAGGGCGGCAUCGAGGUCACCUCGUUGAAUCCGGGCGCAGUAACCGCCGAGAGGAGGGCGGUCAAGUGCGACGGCCACGAGGAGGCAGCCUGGACCUUUACCUACGAUAGAAGCUUCGAGACCUUCCGGGCAGUACGGAUCGAUGACUUGCGCAACGGCACCACGUACUUUACGGGACCAUUGCCCAGCCCGGACUCGCAGGCGAAGCUGCUACCCUGCACGUUGCCCGCCGCCUCCUAUUAUGGCGAACUCGUCUCGGCUGGCUUCCAGGGCAAGGAGAUCUGGCUGUACGGCAUCCCCGAGGACCUCGACGCAGUGCCAGUGCCCGAUGCCGCAGGUGCCGGCGCCGAGAGCGGCUCGAACGCAAACGGGCUGUUUCGCAGAAACAGCGGCCCAUCCCUCCGCGCGAGCCCCAGAAUACAAGACAACAACAGCGAACCGGCGAGGGUACCGCAGUGGCAGAUCCUCUGUGACAAGCUUCGCAACACGUUUGUUAGUGGGUAUAAGAUUGGCGAGCUCGAGGGCGUUACUACGGUCAAGUUUGUGGCCGAUUUUGCGGACUCCUCGAUGAAGGAACGGUUAAUCGUGGCUGCUCGCGGGGCUGUGGCGAACAUGAGCGUCACCGACGAUGAGGGGAUCGACUUUGUUGACGGGGGGCGCAUCACCAUUCUCGACUUCGAUUACGGCGUCCGCGACGGCACGGUCGAUGAGUAUGCCAUCGAGGUGGGGACAAAGGAACCUGAAGUGCUCGAAGAAGAGCAUCGGGACAUCGAUACGGAGGUUGCCAUCGUUCGGCGGCGGACCGUCGCCCAGAAAAGGGGGAGCCGCAGCGCUGCGCUGAUGCGCAGCGUGACAAGCGCAAGCCGCACACCGCCGCUGCCCCCGCAACCCCCCACGCGUCCCGAAGACGACGAAGACGACCCUCUUGUACCGCGCCGCAUAGGAGUGCCGCCGGUCAGGAGCGUUCAACAGACGGCGGCAGCUGACGACACGGAGACACAAUCCAUUGAGGAGCAGGAAGCCUUGGACGCACCAUAUACGCAUGCUAGUCCUCGCUCAGGGCCGACACUACGCCGGGCCGCCACGGCCGCUGCCCACACGCGCCGUCUCCAUCCGUCGGCGGCUGCAGGCGGACACAUUGUCUAUCGCAGGGCGGACGGCCGUGCUGAGCACCCGCACGAGAGUGACGCCGACAACUGGGUCCCUCCCCCGCCGCCGUACCAAAAAGAAGACCCUGGCGAUUUGCCUUCGUUCCUUCGGCAUGCCGCCAUCUCCCUUCCAUCCGGUCCCGCCAUAGAGCCUGCGGAAGGCCAAGCGAACCAACCACGGGAUAGGCAGGCGAUACGGAAUUCCUCGGCAUCGAUGCAUCAGCAGCCUCGCCGCGCCGAGACAUCGGCCUCGGCGAACCGGUACUCCUCUCCGGUUCCUCCGGUCCCUCCGCUACCAUCCCUCUCAGACAUUCCGCCGGUGCCGCCAAUGCCGGCUAUUCCGCCAGCAAUCGCUGGCUCGCUGGCACCGCCGGUUGCACCCGUUCCGCAUGCCCGCACCCAUGGGCGCGGCGGAAGUUCAGGGGCGCAAUCUACUCGUGAAGAGGCCGUGCGGCCAGCUUCGAGGGACUCGCGAUAUCUCGAGGGCGACAACAUUUACGACGUCUCGCCCCCAGACUCCCCAGCCUUGCCGCCGGUGGCGCAGCAUGUCUCCCGCGACCAUGGUGACAGCCGGGUGGUAAGCGGUCCUGAGCCGGGCGCGGUACUCCCCGUGGCGGCUCCUGGUGCCAACGCAAGUGAGGUAGCAACCUCGGUAAGAACGCAGACCACUCCUGUAUCCCCAGAGGCUGGUCCGCCGGCGUCCCUCGAACCUAAUUUCGUGGCCCAGGCCAACGGCAGCCUCAUGCCCCCUGCCAACGAAAACCCGGCUGCCAGUGAGCCCUCAGUCAGGCGGCUUUCCGUCUCAAGGACUUGGCCAAUACAGCCGAUGCCCAUCAAGACCAACAAUGCCCCAGCUGGAUAUCCAUAUUCGGCGCCCCCCAUCAACGGCAACGAAGCGCUGUCUCAGACCUUCCCUCCCCUCCCCACUGCGGAGCAGAUGCCAAUCUCUGCCCAUCAGGCCUCAGCAGCUCGACCCUUGUCCGGCAACUUCCAGCUCCCGCGCGCCUUCACUGAUAACUCCACAAACGACGAGAAAAACUGGCACCGAACGUCCACGCCCAAAGGCGUGUCUGGAGCGUUCGAUCCCCCAGGCCGGCACCCCUCCGAACGGCGCGCCGAAACACCCAUCCUGGCUCCGGUCCCCCGCCACCCGCGGCCGCAAGCGCAGGCAUCGAUCCUGCGCCCGGCGCAAGAGCGCCCCGACCCCGUCUACGGCAGCAAUGCCGGCGCCGCAUCCCUACCCCCACCCCUACCCCUGCCCCAACCCCUACCCCCGCCCCAUCCGUCUCAGGGCGGUGUCCUCAUGGUGCCCUCGGCGCCGGGAUCGGCGUCGACGGGCUUCUCGCGCCGCGUGCCGGGCCUGAGCCGGAAGCAGAGCCGGGCGGAGCGGUCGGCGGCGAAGAACGUGGCGGACGCGAAGCGCAGGGGCUGGACCGGCCGGUCGACGCGCGGCAAGAGCAAGCGCGGCAACGGGAAGAAGAAGAAGGAGCGCGACUUCGACGCGGCCAGCAGCGCCGCCUGGACCGAUGUCACGGUCACGGCGUACAGCGUCCGGUCGGGCUUUGCGGGGCUGGGUGGUGGUGGUGGUAUUGGUGGUGCCGGGGUCGGUCCUGGAGGUGCUGGGCAUGUCAUGGAUGCGCAUGGGGGCGGCGGCGGCGCGUUUGGGCUGGGACUGAAGGGGAGGGAUAGGCGAUGCCCGGCCGGGCGGAUUGCGUCUCAUUUACGGAGGCCGCGCGCGCUUCGCGGUCAACAGCAUCAUCAACAACAUUUUCAACACCAACAACAACAACAACAUCGACGAAUUAGUUGUGUGACCGUGUGUCUCGAUCCGUCGCGGGCGUCGACCGCCGAGCUCCAGCAAGCGGCCAUAGACGGUGUCGAAGAGUGGCUGGGACUCGCCAAGCGCACAUCUUCCUCCUCCCAUGACGCCGCCGUCGUUCUUGUCUCGCGCGCCCUAGCGUCCUGGCUGGACGACGACGUGUUUCUCUCCCGCCUGCUUGCGUCGACCGGAAUCCCCUCGGGGACGGAAGCGAAGGGACUGACCGUCGUGGCCGCCGCCGUCGACGAAGUCCCCCGCUACGACCGCCGCCUCGACCUCUUCUGCUCGUCCGAGGGCGUGUCCGUUCUGCGCGGAGACGCCGCGAAACUCCUGCCGCCCCCGGACCAGGCCAGCGACGCGGCUGCAACCACCCCCACCCCCUCGCUCGAAUUCGCGCCGCCUCCGUGCCGGCAUGCCGGCCGGCUCGCCGCGACCGUCCCGCUGGCCAACACGCUCUUCAGCAACGGCAGGCCCCAUGCGCUCUUCGUCAGCCGGUGGCGCAGCAGCAGCAGCAGCCCGGAAGAGCCGCCGCGUCUGCUCGAGAAGCUGCCCAAGUCCAACCAGCGGAUACUGCUGUCUGCCGCAGGCGCGGGCUUCCAGGAGAGUUCCUCCAGUGCCGUGCUCUCCCACCUCGUCCCCGUGACCGCCCCGCGCAGGAUCACCCGCGGCUUGGGGAACAUUCUGCGCGAGGUGCAGAAGGACGGCUCCGAGGCGCAGCCGGCGUCGACCGAGCUGGAGGCCGUCAUUCCGCGCCUGCUCGAGGCGCGCCGCAAAGCGCUAGGAGACGCUGACGGGCAGGACCACCCAAGUGGUCCAAUAGACGUCUGGGCCCUUUUGAUCCCCAGCUCGUACGCUGAUAAAUGGCGGCUCAUCGAGCCCGACUGGGACUGGUCCAACUAUCACGCCGAUGAUGAAAUCAAGACGGCCAGGAUCCUGGCAGAAAACAUGGACCGGUUCCUCGGCGGCGGCUGCCAGCUGCGCAAAGUCUUGAGCGGCGGCGGCGGCUGGGGCGCAAAGAGGGGCAUGCUGUCGCUGGAUCCCCAGACUCAGCUUACCAAGGAUGAGCACCAGGACUUUGAGAACUUCAAGGCUUCUUUCGAGAGCGAGGGCGCCGCUGGCGGCCUCGUCACGCGUGGUUCCUACGUUCAGUUCCUCGUCUCGCCCGUUCGCCCUUCGCGUGCGGGGUGGAUAACCCCCGACAGCCGGCGAUGGGACCCCUGUGAAUCCCGAACCCUCCCAGCAAGACCCGUCACCGUCUUCGGGACGACCGCCGCUCCGUUCCGCGCGUCCCUAGCCGACUCCCUGAACGUUUGGCCAAACCUGUUUGGGGCCGCCUCCUCCCAGGCCGUGUACCUGUCACGCUCCCCGGCCGGGCAAGUUUCCGAUGAUGAUGAGCCCACCGUUGGCUCCAAGCUCGACGCUCCGUACUCUUACCUAGUCUCCUCGGAGUGA